AGCAGACCGUGGUGCACUACGACUGGCAUUUGGCGAGUGCGCAUUGACACUGCUGCAUGCUUGGGCCAGCCUUCUUACAAUAAAUCCCGCUCGAGCACCCGUCGAGAUAGCGCCGUGCGGAGAUUUAGAUAAAUGUCAGAACGACCGGCCAGCUAAGGAGGUUGUAUCACGGCGGGCCUCACGUCUGCUCAACGCGACACUCACGUCCGAUUUCUAUAAUAUCACUAGUGUGGGAUUUACUUAGAACGCAACGAUGGGUUGGAGCUUUCAUGGCCAUAAGCGAGCUGUUGAUGCUGAGAAGCAUCUCAAACGGCUGCAUAAGACCACACCGAUCAUCGAGUCACCGUUGACUGGCGCCGAUCAAGAAAGCCUUGUCUUCUCGCAACGGCAUGAGGCCAACUCGGUUGAACUCUUCUUCGAUCUCUUCUUCGUGGCCAACCUUGCAACAUUCACAGCCUACCACUCAAUCUCAGACUCCAACUACUUGCUCGCAUACAUUGGUUUCUUCGGUAUCCUCUGGGCGACCUGGUUUCAGAUCACGCUCCAUGAUGUUCGCUUUGCCAGAGACUCGAUCUACGAGCGUGUCUGCAAAACUGUUCAGUUCAUUGCCUUCGUUGGCUUGGCUCUCGUUGGCUCGUCUUUCAAUCCAACAGGUGACAAGACGCACAAGCAUUUGUCGACUCUCUGCUAUGUCCUGAUUAUCAGCAGAGGAAUGUUGGCAAUCCAGUACAGUGUGGUGCUCUUCUACACGAUGAGCGCCAAAUACUCGAAGCUCUACCUUCCCCUCGGCCUGAUGAUCGCAACUUAUGUGUUCGCCACCGGUAUCUUUGCAGCCAUGCUCCCCUCUUACAGGCCGAACGCGAACGCUCCAACAGCUCUAUACAUGAUAUUCUACGGGGUCGUGAUUGCUGAAUCCAUCAUUACCAUCACGAUAUCAUGCUCCUGGCGUAUGCUAAGCUUCAAGAAGACACAUCUGAUGGAGCGUAUGAGCCUUCUCACCAUCAUUGUCAUCGGAGAAGGAGCCAUUGGCGUCACUAAGACAGUUGGAAGGAUCAUGGGCAAGGAGUUGGACGCUGAAGGGUGCUUCACUAUCAUGUGCAUCAUCGUCAUUCUGGUCCUGCUUUGGGCACUCUACUUCGACAACUUCCCACACGGACACUAUGGAACCAUCCGACAGCAAAUUUGGUCUCUGCUCCACUUCCCAUUCCAGCUGGCUAUUGUCGGUGUGGUAGAAGGUUCGCAGCAGGUUGCAUUGGCACGCUAUGUCCUCAAGAACGUCGCGAAAGGCUCCAAUGGUCUAGUGGACAUCUGUCUCAAGCAGAACCUGGACGGGUCCAAUUUGCAGGAUGCACUCACGAAGUUUACCGACAAGUAUCAGUUCAAUAUGAGGCUUGAUACCUAUGGAUACUACUACGACAUUGUAUCCCACAUCGAAUCCAUCGGCAACUCUACUGGCAUCUGCUCGUCACAAAACGCGACCAGCUAUGGCGAUACGAUUAACAACCUGUGGCCUGAGGACUUCUGGUCGAUCAACAACGCGAUCGGUAACGGCGUCUACUCCGGCCUUGGUGUUAAGAUCCCUCUCAAGAAGCUCGAAGCGUCGGAGGACCCCAUAGAGGUUGCGGAGAAGACCUGGUGGCUGACCUACAUGUACUUCUGGUCCUGCUUUUGCGCUCUCAUCGUCUCUCUCAUCGUCUUCCUCUUCCUCAUCCGCCGCCACAAGGUCGACGCCUUCGACUUCGUUUCUGUCAUCAUCCGCUGUCUGGUCCUUGGAGCCGGUGGAGCAGCUCUUGCUAUUCUCGCCAAUAGAGAUAGUCUUGUCGCUCUUCUCAACUCACCAGCCAUCCUCCCAAUGGCUGUGGUCCUGCUUUUCAUCGUUGUUUGCGCAGACAAGCUCGCAUCUCUGUGGUGCAAUUGGCGCCUCAUUAAGUCUGGUGAGCCAUAUGCCCUCGAGUAUGAGGAAAAGCACCACCACGGUGGCGACCAUGUGGAGCACGGCGAGGCUCAUGUAGCUGGUGAUGAAGAGCACGGAAAUGUACACCAUGGUGGACCAGCACUGAAGGACCACCGCAAGUCAGCAGGCUGGAGCAUCCAUGCUGAUUCUGUUGACUUGGCCAAAGGGAAUACUGCAUAUGUCUCGGGUCACUACAGGGAUAGCAGUCGAGACAGCACCCACACGCCGUCGCUAGAGAGCCCGGGUCCGCCAAUGAUGACGCAGAGGGUGGGUGCAGAUGGGUACAUGCCUGUCGCGCACUAGUACAGGGGCGAGAGGAACCGUUUGAGGGUUUCGGCGCUGAUCUCUACGUUUUACAAAUAACUUUUUGCAAACAUCCCACUUUCCUCAAGCAUGGCGUCCCCUCUUUUACAUUAUUGCACAUUGCAGAGGCUCUUGUCGAGCAUAACAGACAAGGCUGUACAUUCUCUCGAGCUG